AUGGGCAGGCUCGUUCAGCGAUGGCAGCAGCGCUGGCAGUCCCAAGGAGGCCUGCGUGGCGGCCUCCCCGCCGCCGGCGCCAGCGAAGCGCGACGUCCGCCACCACCACCACACCAGCCCCACCAGCACCAGCAUCACCAGCACCACGACCAGAGGCGUCUCAGCGUCGGCGGUGGGGCCGGUGGGUCGAGGCGCGCCGAGCGCAGGGCGGCCGGCCCUUCGGAGCGACGUCGCCCAGAGAUGAGGGUCAGCCCCGGUGCCGGGCCUUCAGCGGAGCCAACCCACCUGCACCCGGUCCACCACCACCACAUGGACACGAACCCGCUGGAGGGCGGCGUGGAGUCCCUGGUGAGCGCCGGCUCUUCGGACGGCGAGCUGUCCAGCAAAGCCGGCGACAGCCCCAGCAGGAAGCGCAGGAGGAUCUCGCGACACCUCUCAUCAGGCGAAAGUAACGUCUCAGUGGCGGCGCCCGUGGUCGAGCGACGGACACCGAGGCUGCCCUACCAACCGCCACGACGGAUGCGCUAUGUGAGCGGCGGAGGCGGCGUGUGGGCGCACGAGCGCCUGCUGGAGCAGCACGCGCCGCCCCACGUGGCGCACGCCCAACACGCGCACCACGCGCCCCUGCUGCUCGACAUCAACCAGAUGUCGCUGCGGGGCGCGCGGCUGGGCGCGCUCGGCGGCGGCGUGGGCUGGCCCCACGCCCACGCCCACGCCCACGCGCACGCACACGCCGCCCACGCGCACCGGGACCACGCGCAGCGCACGCAGGUACGGAACCCGGCGCGCGCACAUUCC